GAAGAAGAUCCACACUUCCGGGUGGUGAUGACGUCGCGUCGUGACGUCAUAUUUCAAAAUGGCAGAGCCCGCGGAAAGACCCCCUGGAGUCGACUCCAUUUCCCAAGAAAAGAUGUCAACAGCGCGACUUGUAACAAUUAUAAGGCCGAGGAGGGUUAUUUGAACACACACCAUUCAAUUAUUAUAAAUGAAAGUCACGUUUUUGAACCGCUCCGGUCUCGUCCCAGCGGAAGUGACGCUAGCACGUCAUCAGAAUACAACAGCUUGCUAGCUAACACGCCUCCUAUCAUGUCAGCGCUGUUAUUUGUUCACAUGUCAUUCAUUCCUUCUCAUUUACAUCAACACGACGAGAGAGACAUUCUGCCGCUAGACGAAGGUCACCGAGCAGCGACGAAGUUUGCAUUUUCGGUAGGUCCAGGGAGCCACGAGGGCGGUGCUAAAGAGACGCGGGUUGCUGACCCCCGGCCUACACCCGAGACUGGCCGCCAGUUCAUCACAGGACACAUGAACAAGCCUUCGCCCUCAAAUCAGAGAAAAACAACAACACCAGAAAUGUGUCCCGUGAAAAACCGUCCGACCAGAACUCUAAUAACUAAAGUUCCUUGGGUGAAUAAUGAAAUGGCAACAGCAGAGGAUGGAUGUCCCAUAACAAGAAGGUGGAGAAAAAGAAGAAGCUUAUCGACUACGGUGUCGGCACGGACUACAAAGGCGGACCUGCACAAAUUUUCAGGUACCAGAAGUACCUCCGUGUCUCCGCAGUGAGCCGUGCGCCUCACCUGCCGAUCUUCCCCCUGGACUCUGACUGCCUUCCUCCACCUCCGCACUCGGACCUGGACUUCUGGACGCCUCUCUCCUGCCCCCACGGACCUCGCUCGGAUCACGAACCUCUUUUGCUUCGCCCCUCUGGACUUCUUUGCUGCCACAACCAACACACACUUACAAUAACCUCUGGUAACUUAUAUUUGGUUAACUUCUACACAUAGCCCUGCAUCCACACACAUAGUAGCAUACACACCCUACGUAAUCAUCAAGCUCAAAUAAAACCCGUUGAGCUAGACCUCCUGCUGUCGUACCGUCUCCUUCCCCCUUCGUCUUACGUAACAGU